AUGCGCCGAGGGUUCGCAUCGACCAGAAUUGUGCUUUCCGCCACCGCUGUAAAGAGCAAUUCAAAGCUGUUCAGGGACGCGGAUGCCGCCGUCGCCGACGUGCAAAGCGGAUCCACCAUCCUGAGCUCAGGCUUUGGCCUCUGUGGUGUUGCAGAUACCCUUAUUUCCGCGCUGCACCGACGUGGCCCAGAGUCGCUCCAUUCCCUCCGCGCCGUCUCCAAUAAUGCGGGCCAAGAAGGAAAAGGUGGCCUUGCUACGCUCACCAGCUCAGGCCAGGUUGACCGACUUGUGCUGUCAUACCUGGGAAACAACAAGGUCCUCGAGAAGAAAUACCUGUCCGGAGAACUCGCAAUCGAGCUCUGCCCUCAGGGCACUCUGGCCGAGAGAAUCAGAGCGGCGGGAGCUGGAAUCCCUGCAUUCUUUACACCUACAGCUGCGCACACUCUUCUCCAAGAGGGAGAGAUUCCCGUGCGGUUAGACAAGUCCGGGGCCGUCAUCCAAGCCGGACGAAAGCGCGAGACAAGAGAGUUUGGAGGACGAACGUUUCUGUUGGAGGAGAGUCUGCCUGGUGAUGUUGCCAUUAUUAGGGCCUGGAAGGCCGACAAGGAGGGCAACUGCGUUUUCAGAUAUACCACCAAAGCUUUUGGGCCAAUCAUGGCCAAGGCUGCCAAGUUGACGAUCGUGGAGGCGGAGCACAUCGUUGAAGUCGGAGAGAUCGACCCGAACCAGGUCGACUUGCCCGGAAUUUUCGUCGAUCGCAUCGUGCCAUCGACCGCCGAGAAGCAGAUUGAGGUUUUGAAACUAAGAGAGGAGGGCGUGGAUGUCAAGUCAGUCAGCUCGGCGCAGCAGAAGAGAUUAAGGAUCGCUGGCCGGGCUGCCAAGGAACUGAAGCAUGGUUACUACGUCAAUCUGGGUGUUGGUAUCCCUACGCUCGCUGCUUCUUUGCUUCCAUCCUCCCGUAAGGUUUGGAUUCAAUCGGAAAACGGACUGCUUGGAAUGGGUCCUUAUCCCACCAAGGAUCAGGUUGACCCUGACAUCGUCAAUGCCGGCAAAGAGACCGUCACCUUGGUACCAGGCGCCUCCUGCUUCGACUCAGCCGAGUCCUUUGGCAUGAUCCGUGGUGGCCAUGUCGAUGUAUCCAUUCUGGGGGCCCUACAAGUAAGCGCGACGGGCGAUCUAGCCAACUACAUGAUCCCCGGAAAGGUCUUCAAAGGCAUGGGUGGUGCCAUGGACCUGGUCGCCAACCCGGAUAACACUAAGAUUGUUGUUGCCACCGAGCACGUCGCUAAGGACGGAUCAUCUAAGAUUGUCCAGGAAUGCUCACUGCCCCUAACAGGUGCUCGCGUCGUCAGCACUAUCAUUACUGAUUUGUGCGUGUUUGAAGUAAACCGUGCCAAGGGCGGCCUGACCCUGACCGAGUUGGCUCCCGGUGUUACUGUUGACGAAGUGAGGAGUAAGACAGAUGCUAGAUUUGAGGUGCAAUUGGAUGAAGCCAACACCUACGAGUAA